GCACGGAUUGCGGUGGAUUGGUUGUUGGUGCGGUGCCCUGAGAGUCCCCAGUACUGUUAAAUGCAAGGUGUCGGUUUGUCAAAAUGCCAAGAUGUAAACUUUCAACAAAAUUUGUUCCUGCCACCUGUGCGUGGGUGAUGCUUCUAGGAUGCACCGGAGGUUAUUUCUAUUUCCCGUGCCAGUGGCUGUUUUCCAAGCUCCAAACAUGGGGUUUCUUAGUGCCAUUAUGCCAGGGUAUUCUCACAUUGUUUGUAAUAGCCAACUUCUCAUUGGCAACCUUCAUGAAUCCAGGAAUAAUCCCAAGAGCCUCCUCGGACGAGGACCGGGACGAUGACUUUCGCCUGCCACUGUACAAGAACGUAGAGAUCAGCGGCAUCACCGUGCGGAUGAAGUGGUGCGCCACCUGCCAGUUCUACCGGCCGCCGCGCUGCUCUCACUGCAGCGUCUGCAACCACUGCAUAGAGACCUUCGACCACCACUGCCCAUGGGUGAACAACUGCAUCGGACGGCGCAACUACCGCUUCUUCGUGCUGUUUCUGGUUUCGCUCAGCGUGCACAUGGUCGCCAUCUUCAGCCAGUGCCUGGUGUUCGUGUUGCACAACUCGGACGACCUCAGCGCCGUCGGCGUCAUCGUGACUCUGGUGAUCAUGUGCAUCACGGGCGUGCUGUUCGUGCCCGUGCUGGGCCUGGCCGGCUUCCACAGUAUCCUGGUGUCGCGCGGGCGCACCACGAACGAGCAGGUGACGGGCAAGUUCCGCAGCGGCUUCAAUCCGUUCUCGCGUGGCUGCUGCUGGAACUGCUGCCGUACGCUCUGGUCGCCGCUGUACCCCAACGUGGACGCCCUGUCGCGGGAGGCGUGCCGUAAGCGGCACCCGUACAGUCUGCCGACGUCGCCGCGCGCCGUGCCGGCAAUCGCCAGCGAGCACCAGGUCAAGCUGUACAUCGACAACGGCAACGGUGUGCGGAGCAAGGGCGGCGCCGCCCUCUACACUCAGAUGACCCCUGUUUCGUGUGUGCCUGAAGUAGAAAGCUCACCAAUUUGGCGCCAAACGACCGUUUAAUGAACUACGCUUCUUUUCCUUGUUAUCUUUUCUUUGCUGUAGGUGACCAGCUGCGGCGAGGGCUCGGACGGCGAGAUGGACCCAUCCAUGUCGCAGUCGCGCGACUGCGAGGCCUCGCCGCCCGUGCCUCGCAGCGGCUCCAAGACCAACUUCUUCC